CUUCUUGUUUCUCUCUCUCUCUCUCAGAUCUUUUCUUGUAACCUUUGAACUUUCAAUGGACAUUAAAAACCCGAUUUUUAAUAAAAAAGAAAAAAAUAAAAAUAUCAGUGCCGUUUUCUUGGGAAAUUUAAUAACUUCCCGUCUUGGAAUAAAAGUUAGAGACACACUUGUGGUGCUCUUCUGAGAGAGAUUUUUUUGGAAGAUGGGUAAUAGAGUUAUGUGUAUGAAGAAGAAAGAUGUUGCCAUCAGAAGCAGUGGAGGAGGAGGAGAUGGGUCUAGAAGCAAGAGGGUAAGUCGUUCUCAAAGGAAACUGCUUGGUGAUGAAGAGAUGUUGCAUCGACGAGCUUUGUCCAUGGCUAUUCAUCAAGCCCAGCUUUCUCAGAGAUUCGAUGGGUCCAUUUCUAGACGUGUCGGGUCUACUAGCUCCAGAAGACAAACUCUCUCUGACCCUUUUUCAAACAACAAGCAGGUACCUGAUCUUGUGGAGAGCUUGGCGGUUAAGAAACUCGUUCUUGUACAUGGUGAAGGGUUUGGGGCUUGGUGUUGGUACAAAACUGUUGCUUCAUUGGAAGAGUCUGGACUAUCUCCUGUUACAGUUGACCUUACUGGAUCUGGAUUUAGUAUGGCUGACCCAAAUAGUGUUUCCACUUUAGAAGAAUAUUCGAAACCAUUGAUCGAGCUUCUUCAAAAUCUUCCAGAGGAAGAAAAGGUGAUUGUCGUAGGUCACAGUACAGGAGGUGCAUGUGUUUCAUAUGCAUUAGAGCGGUUUCCUGAAAAAAUCUCAAAAGCUGUAUUCAUAUGUGCCACUAUGGUUUCUGAUGGACAAAGACCCUUCGAUGUCUUUGCUGAUCAGCUUGGUUCUGCAGAAAGGUUCAUGAAAGAAUCACAGUUCUUGAUCCAUGGAAAUGGAAAGGACAAGCCCGCAACGGGGUUCAGUUUUGAGAAGCAACACAUGAAAAGCUUGUACUUCAAUCAGUCACCCAAUAAGGACAUAGCAUUGUCGAUGAUCUCAAUGCGAGCAGUACCAUUGGGUCCAAUGAUGGAGAAACUGUCGCUGAGCGCAGAAAGAUAUGGGAAAGGUCGGAGAUUCUAUGUUCAGACGCUUGAUGACUUGGCUCUCUCACCAGACGUUCAGGAGAAACUUGUGAGAGAAAAUAGUCCCGAAGGAGUUUAUAAGAUCAAAGGAAGUGAUCAUUGUCCUUUCUUCUCUAAACCUCAGUCUCUUCACAAGAUCCUUCUUGAGAUCGCUCAGAUUCCUUAAAAGAGAGUUAAAUCUUUAAUUCACUCGACCAUGUAUAAUACUUUUAAUUUUUCAACUUAUAAACUUCUGUAUAAUUCGUCUUACGUCGAUACCAAGCAAGAUAGUUUUUUUUUUUA